GACUGUCACCAGCGCAUUCUAGCACACCACACAAAAAGGCAGAAACUGUUUCCUCACACAAAAUACGAAAAAAAAAAGAAAAAGAAAAAGAAAAGGGAAGCCAAUCCCCAAAUCACCACCACCUUAUGGAUUUCUUUUGAUCCUUUCCAAGCUUCGUUUUCAUCUUCCUCCAUUUUUUUCCAUUCCGAAGAGUGUAAAAGAUUAUUAUGCGAGUAGUUUUGUGAGCUGCUAAAAAGAGAAACGGAUUUCAGUGAAGAUGGCAUCUGUUGGUGUUGCACCAACUUCUGGUUUGAGAGAACCCAGUGGUCAUGCCGCAGCUGGUGUUGAUAGAUUACCAGAGGAAAUGAAUGAUAUGAAGAUUAGGGAUGAUAGAGAAAUGGAAGCCACAGUUGUCAAUGGGAAUGGAACAGAGACGGGGCAUAUCAUUGUGACUACCAUUGGUGGUAGAAAUGGUCAGCCAAAGGAGACUAUAAGCUAUAUGGCAGAGCGUGUUGUAGGGCAUGGAUCAUUCGGAGUUGUCUUCCAGGCUAAAUGCUUGGAGACAGGUGAAACUGUGGCUAUCAAAAAGGUUCUUCAAGACAAGAGGUACAAGAAUCGGGAACUGCAAACAAUGCGCCUUCUUGACCAUCCAAAUGUUGUCUCUUUGAAGCAUUGUUUCUUUUCAACCACUGAAAAAGAUGAACUAUACCUUAAUUUGGUUCUUGAGUAUGUUCCUGAAACAGUUAAUCGUGUUAUCAAACAUUACAACAAGUUGAACCAAAGGAUGCCACUUAUAUAUGUGAAGCUAUACACGUACCAGAUCUUUAGGGCAUUGUCUUAUAUUCAUCGUUGUAUUGGAGUUUGCCAUCGUGAUAUCAAGCCUCAAAAUCUAUUGGUCAACCCUCACACCCAUCAAGUUAAACUCUGUGACUUUGGAAGUGCGAAAGUAUUGGUAAAAGGCGAACCAAAUAUAUCUUAUAUAUGCUCCAGAUAUUAUAGAGCACCUGAGCUUAUCUUUGGAGCUACUGAAUAUACUACAGCUAUUGAUGUUUGGUCUGUUGGUUGCGUUUUAGCUGAGUUAUUGCUUGGACAGCCUUUAUUCCCUGGUGAGAGUGGUGUUGAUCAGCUUGUUGAGAUAAUCAAGGUUCUCGGCACUCCAACAAGGGAGGAAAUUAAAUGCAUGAACCCUAACUAUACAGAAUUUAAAUUCCCGCAGAUUAAAGCACAUCCAUGGCACAAGAUCUUCCAUAAGCGCAUGCCACCGGAAGCUGUUGAUUUGGUGUCAAGACUACUUCAAUACUCCCCUAACCUACGGUGCACAGCAUUAGAUGCCUUGACUCAUCCUUUCUUUGAUGAGCUUCGUGACCCAAACACUCGCUUGCCAAAUGGCCGCUUCCUUCCACCACUAUUUAAUUUCAAAUCUCAUGAACUGAAGGGAGUCCCCGUUGAAACCUUGGUGAAAUUAGUACCCGAGCACGCAAGGAAGCAGUGCCCGUUUCUUGGCUUGUGAUAUGAUGUCAUGAAAAUGUAACAAAACUCUUUAAGUGUUGUUUCAAUAUGAAUACCUCGCCUUUCCUCUAUUUAUAAUGUGAUAUUUGUUGCUACCUGUGUUGUUGGUUGCCAUGUAAAAGUAGAGAUAUAUGUCUAGUACUUAUAUAUGUUACCCAACCCUCAACGGGGGUAUUCACAAUGCCCUGUUUCGUGUAUCAAAAGCUGAUUGCAACAUGCAAUAGAAGACAAAAAAUGUCUGCAAUUAUCUUAAUGAUGUAUUUGUUGAGACAGCGAUGGGUUGUUGGCUAGUUUAGUUAUGGUUGUAGCGUGGUAGUUGGAAGUUUUGAUGGCCUUAUCAUAUC